AUGGCAUCUAUUCGGAUCCCGAGCCUACGCCACCUGGCCACCUGGCCUCUGCACACCGUUCGCAGUCCCGGCCAGCGACGUUCGGCUCGCUUCCUCGACGUGCGCUUCCUCGUCACCACGCCGCCCUCGCAGGUUGUCAUCGACAAGUACCGCACGAGACUCGAACAAAAGGCCAAGAAGGAGGGACUGGACGGUAUCGAGGGCUUGAAGAGUGCCUACGCAGACAAGAUCGAUGCCGAGCGCAGGAGGGGCGCUGUCGAGUUUCCCGUAGCGAGCCGCCCUACGGCCCCGUCUCCUGAGAGGACGUCGCAGCCGUCGGAAACGACAUCGAAACCUCCACCGUCUCGAGCCUCGAAUUCUCCCCUGCCGAGUGCUGAAAAGCCGGCGAUCAAGACGUUGGACCAGAUCGUCGACCUCGACAAGGUGCGCGGCCUGCCGGAGAAGGAGCUGGCGGCCAUCUGGCGGCUGCGGCACGCCGACUCUCCGCAGCGCAUCUGCGCCAUGAUCCCGGCGGCCACCUACCAGGCGAUGGAUGACGUGGCCCGCACGUCGCCGCAGUUCGUCCUCCCCGUGCCGCACGAGAGCCAUGGCGCCGAGAUGCACUUUCUACAGUGGACCUUCGACCCGGCCACCAAGACGAGCACCGUGCUCUUCACCCAGCUCGCCGAGUACAAGUCGAGGGGAGAAUUUGCUCAGCCGCACACGACCAUCACGCAUCACUUGGACCUCGCGGCCGACAAGGGCGUCGUCUUGAUGCAGGGUCAGGUCGUCGACGGUCGCGGCGUGCAGCCCGAGCAUGCCAAGUGGUUGGUCCUGGGCCUGCAGCGCUUCUACGGCGGGUGGGAGAGCGGCGAGGGCGAGCUCACGGGGGAGCGAAAGGAGAGGGCGCAGGAGCGGAAGAAGUUGCUCGAGUGGUUCUCGAGCGGCGACUCGCGUUUUAGCGUGGAGAAGCUUCUUGAAGAGGCCGAGAGGAUGGGUUAG